CGUAGCCCAAGCAAACAAAUCCUCUCCAGUCACAAUUUAAAUUUUGGGCCAAAUUUUCAAAAAUGAACACCGUGCGGAGGCUACGUUUGGGUCACCUCAGAUCGGUGGGCGGUGCUUAUCGACUUUAUUCUGGUAAGAAUCAGUCAAAGGAUCAGAAGACGAGCGAAGUCAGCAAGGCAAAGCCACCGGAGAAGCCCAAGGAAAAAUCCAAGGAAAAUCCCAAGGAAAAGCCCAAGGAAGCGCCGAAGGAAAAGGGUAAGGAAACGGACAAGGGUGACCCUGCCAAGAAGGUCACCAAGGUGACCAUAAUCAAUGGCGAGGGUGUGGGUCCCGAACUGAUGAAUGCCGUGCAGGAAGUUCUCUGCGCCGCCAAGGUCCCAAUCGAUUGGGACAUCCAUGAGGAGUACAUGGCACCGGAUAGUCAAGAUGUUUCCGCCGAAAUCCUGGACUCCUUGCGGGCCAAUAAGGUGGGCAUCAAAGGACCCGUGGAGAGUCGCCACUGGCAGCGCCAGAUCCGCAAGCAGUUCGCCCAGUUCGCCUACGUGUCCUUGUGCUCCCACAUCGACGGUUUGGACUCGCCAUAUGGUGACUUCGACGUGGUCAUCAUCCGGGAUCAGAUGGAGGGCGACUACUCCGGCAUCGAACACCGGGUGGUUCCGGGUGUCAUGCAAACGAUUAAGGUGAGCACUACAACCGGAGCGGCCAGGAUCGCCGAAUUCGUGUUUAACUACGCCGCCGAGCACAAUCGCAAAAAGAUCACGGUGGCACACAAGGCCAAUAUAAUGCGGUUAACAGAUGGCAAUUUCCUGGAGGCCAUGCGAGCCCAGGCCGAAAAGUUUGUGGACAAAAUUAAAUUCGAGGAGCGCUACCUAGACUCCUGCAUUAUGAAGAUCCUGAUGACGCCGAAGAAGUGCGACGUCCUGGUCUCGUCCAGCAUGUACGGCGAUGUGAUGAGGGUCAUUGCGGGCGGCAUGAUGGGAGUGCCGGGCAUAUGUCCCGGAUAUUCCGUCAGCAGUCUGGGCACCGUGUUCGACUGCCGCAUGAAGGCGUGCCACGCCCUCGCUGGCAAGGAUCAGGCCAAUCCCACGGGACCCCUGCUCAGUGCCGUCCUCAUGCUGCGCCACGUCAAGUUGGACAAGCAUGCGGAUCUGGUGGAGUGCGCGGUUCGCGGGGUUUACCGGGACACGGACAUCCGCACCCCGGAUGUGGGCGGCAAGGCCAAGUGCUCCGAGUUCGUAAGGGCCGUGUGCGAACGUCUUGAAAACGAGAAUUAAAAAUAUUUA